AUGGCCGCUUUUGCAGCCUUGGUUCUCUUCCUUUCUGCUCCCAUUUCAGCAGCACCCCCCUCUUUUGAAGUAAUCAAAUCAAUCAGCCUCUUAUCUUCCUUAACACCCACAGACAACACUGCAUGGUUCUCGGCUUCGAACACCUUCGCCUUUGGGUUCCACGAAACAGAGGAUGGCUAUGCCGUCUGCAUCUUUUUCGGGAGCAUCAAGGAGAGGACAGUGGUGUGGACAGCCAACACUGAGAAGAAUCCGGUCGUUCCUGACGACGUCGUUCUGGUGCUAACAGGAGAUGGACUCGUCUUGCAGAAGAGUGAUUCCAACGAUAUAUUGUCUCGGAUAGACAACUCGUCCCAACCUAUAGCAUGGGCAGCUAUGCUUGACAAUGGCAACUUUGUGCUCUACAAUGCUAAUGGCACUGUCAUUUGGCAGACCUUUGAUUACCCAACUGACUCCCUUCUGCCCGGACAGCGCCUUCCAAGGGGCGGGAUGCUUCUGUCUAGAGCUGCGAAGACGGACUUCAGGACAGGGAUUUUCAGGCUGUGGAUGCAAUAUGAUGCAAACCUUGUUCUGUACUACGUGUACGGACUGGACACACCGACAGACGCCUACUUCUCGUUCGAGACAUGGGGGCUAGGCAACAAUGUGUCCUUGAAUCUUGAAAGUGACGGCCGUCUUUGUUUGUACAACGGUGGUGUCUGGGAAAAGAGUUUAACCUCGGGAGGGAACCCUGUCGGAGGGGUUAUCUAUCUCGUGAGGCUCGAUUGGGAUGGAAUUCUACGUCUGUACAAUCGAUCACUGGAGAAAGAAGACAAUUGGAAGUCACUGUGGUCAGUCACGGAGGACAAAUGUUUACCUAAGGGCUUGUGUGGCAUUAAUAGCUACUGCACUAACACGGAUGGAGGUGCGGAGUGCAAAUGCCUCCCGGGAUUUGAUAUCGCACGUAAAGGCGAAUGGAGCGAUGGCUGCACCUCCGAUUUCAAGGUAGACUGCAGAGACACGAAUCAAAGUAGAAGAUAUGUGAUGACGAGUGUUGGCAACGUAACUUGGGAAGACAAUUACUACAGUGCUUCGAGAGGAACAACUGAAGAGCGUUGCAAAGAGGGCUGUCUACAAGACUGCAACUGUAUCGUAGCCUUGUUUAGAGAUGGAGAAUGUCGGAAGCAAAAGCUUCCGCUAAGCUAUGGCAGAUUUUCUCCAAAUGCCACUGACAUGGCUUUUGUGAGAGAGAACAGCUUCAACUAUAUUCAUCCCGGAUUGACAGGACAUCGACAGAGGCUUACCGAUGUGCAGAAGCAUGCAUUACUUGGAGUAUCGCUAGGUAUACUUGGUCUACUUAUAUCCGGCAUUAUCUACUACGUUAGAAGACAGCGUGGAUGGUGCAAUCAGGGAAAGGAAAACAAACAGAGUCUUGACAAAUUUGUACUUAACCAUGGAUAUCUGGCUCCAAAAAGAUACAGCUACAAUGAAAUCAAAAGAAUAACAAAAUCCUUCACAGAAAAACUAGGCCAAGGAGGCUAUGGUGUUGUAUACAAAGGAAAGCUACCUGAUGGUCAGCUUGUGGCAGUGAAGGUCUUAAAGAAAACUCACGAUAAUGCGGAAGAAUUUGUUAACGAGGUCGCCAGCAUAAGUAGAACCUCCCAUGUUAACAUUGUCAAUCUCUUGGGAUUUUGCUAUGAGAAGAACAAAAAGGCCCUAGUCUACGAAUUUAUGCCUAACAAAUCCUUAGACAAGUUCAUCCACAAGAGCCGAUCCACGGAUCCAAAUUGCUCAUUGGGGUGGAGGAAAAUGUACGAGAUUGCAGUUGGGGUUGCCCAAGGUCUUGGGUACCUGCAUAGAGGCUGCAACACCAGGAUCGUUCAUUUUGAUAUCAAGCCUCAGAAUAUUCUUUUGGAUGAAGACUUUUGCCCAAAGAUAUCAGAUUUCGGGCUUGCUAAAUUGUGUGUGAAGAAGCAAAGCAUAAUAUCUAUGCUUGGAACAAGAGGAACUAUAGGGUACAUUGCUCCAGAAGUGUUCUCAAGAAAUUUUGGCAGAGUUUCUCACAAAUCAGAUGUGUACAGCUAUGGUAUUAUGCUUCUUCGAAUGGCGGAAACAGGGACUAAUGUUGAGACUAAGUCGUCUCCAUCAAGUGAACAUUAUUUCCUUGAAGAAAUUUAUGAGCAUGUGGUAAUGCAAAAUGAAAAGAUUCAUGCUCUCAUGACAGAAGAGGAAGAAGAAGUUGUGAGGAAAAUGUUAAUGGUAGGUUUUUGGUGCACUCAGACAGCUCCAUUAGAUAGGCCUUCGAUGAAUAAAGUAGUGGAUAUGUUGCAAGGGAAUCUGCAGUCUAUACAGAUUCCCCCAAUGCCAUUUUUGCUCUCCUCUCCGAAGCCACAGCUCUCAUGUUCACUUCCUGUAAUUGUAGAAACAUAUGCAACUCCAUAUGGUUUAAUAAACCAUUACCAACCUAGAGGCACACUCCCGUGA